AGGGGGCGCUUCUGCACGUGGUCUUGCUGGAAGGCGGUGCUUGUGGACGCCAUUUUAUCUGUGAGGUUACAGAAACGGAUAGGGGUGUAGUUAGAGAAGGGGGUUCUUUUUUAUUUUAUUAUUAUUUUUUUUAAUUCUGUACAGUACAUCGUUUUCUUAACCAUUAAUAGGUUUUAACAAAUCUCUUAACCAUGUCGUUAGAAGGAGCGACCGACCAGGCAGCAGAGUAUAUUCCAGAGAAGGUGAAGAAAGCUGAGAAGAAACUGGAAGAAAAUCCAUAUGACCUUGACGCUUGGAGCAUUCUGAUACGAGAAGCACAGAACCAACCCAUAGACAAAGCAAGGAAGACCUAUGAGCGACUUGUCGCCCAGUUCCCAAGUUCUGGCAGAUUCUGGAAACUGUACAUUGAAGCAGAGAUCAAAGCAAAAAACUAUGAUAAAGUUGAAAAGUUAUUUCAGAGAUGCCUCAUGAAAGUGCUGCACAUAGACCUGUGGAAAUGCUAUCUUUCAUAUGUCAGAGAAACCAAAGGCAAACUCCCAAGUUACAAAGAGAAAAUGGCUCAGGCAUAUGAUUUUGCCUUAGAUAAAAUUGGCAUGGAGAUCAUGUCUUAUCAGAUUUGGGUGGAUUACAUCAACUUUUUGAAGGGAGUGGAAGCUGUAGGAUCAUAUGCAGAGAAUCAAAGAAUUACAGCUGUUCGCAGAGUUUAUCAAAGAGGAUGUGUGAAUCCCAUGAUAAAUAUUGAACAAUUAUGGAGAGACUACAACAAGUAUGAAGAGGGCAUCAAUGUUCACUUGGCCAAGAAAAUGAUUGAAGAUCGCAGCAGAGACUACAUGAAUGCCAGAAGAGUAGCUAAGGAAUAUGAAACGGUUAUGAAGGGUCUGGAUCGAAAUGCACCAUCUGUGCCACCUCAGAAUUCCCCUCAAGAAGCACAACAAGUUGAAAUGUGGAAGAAAUACAUUCAGUGGGAGAAGAGUAACCCUUUACGGACAGAAGACCAAACGCUCAUCACAAAAAGAGUUAUGUUUGCCUAUGAACAGUGCCUUUUAGUGUUGGGCCACCAUCCUGAUAUUUGGUAUGAGGCAGCACAGUACCUAGAACAAUCAAGUAAAUUACUUGCCGAAAAAGGGGAUAUGAACAAUGCCAAACUGUUCAGUGAUGAAGCUGCUAAUAUUUAUGAAAGAGCUAUAAGCACUUUGCUAAAGAAGAACAUGCUGCUUUACUUUGCCUUUGCUGAUUAUGAAGAGAGUCGAAUGAAAUAUGAGAAGGUUCACAGUAUUUACAACAGACUGCUAGCUAUAGAGGACAUCGACCCCACUCUGGUUUACAUCCAGUAUAUGAAGUUUGCUAGACGGGCAGAGGGCAUUAAGUCUGGCAGGAUGAUCUUCAAGAAAGCCAGGGAAGAUCUGCGCACUCGCCAUCAUGUGUAUGUCUCUGCUGCAUUAAUGGAGUAUUACUGUAGUAAGGACAAAUCUGUAGCAUUCAAAAUCUUUGAAUUAGGUUUGAAGAAAUAUGGAGAUAUUCCAGAAUAUAUAUUGGCUUAUAUUGACUAUCUGUCACACCUCAAUGAAGACAACAAUACAAGAGUUUUAUUUGAGCGAGUUUUAACCUCUGGUAGCCUGUCUCCUGAAAAAUCUGGUGAAAUAUGGGCUCGGUUUUUGGCAUUUGAAAGCAACAUUGGAGACCUGGCAAGUAUCUUGAAAGUAGAAAGGAGGAGGUUUACAGCCUUUAAAGAAGAAUAUGAGGGAAAGGAGACUGCACUUCUUGUGGACAGAUACAAGUUCAUGGAUCUUUACCCUUGCUCAACAAGUGAACUCAAAGCUCUGGGCUAUAAGGAUGUGUCUCGUGCCAAAUUAGCCACACUAAUUCCAGAAACAGUAGUUGCACCAUCUAUUGCACCUGUUCUAAAAGAUGAAGUAGACAGAAAGCCAGAAUAUCCCAAACCAGACACCAACCAGAUGAUCCCAUUCCAGCCGAGGCAUUUAGCACCUCCAGGACUUCAUCCUGUUCCAGGUGGAGUCUUUCCAGUGCCUCCCGCGGCUGUGGUUCUCAUGAAGCUGCUGCCUCCUCCACUGUGUUUCACGGGUCCGUUUGUCCAGGUUGAUGAUCUCAUGGAAACCUUUAGGAGAUGCAAGUUGCCAGAUACUGUCGAUGCAGCGGUGGAACUCAUAACAGGUAGGCAGCCUGAACUCAUGGCAGAAGGCAACGGCCCCAUAGAGAACAAUACCAUUGUUAACAAAGCCUUGAAGAGGCCCAGCGCCGACUCUGACGAGGAAGAAGAGAAGGGGGCCACGGCACCUCCUGUCCAUGACAUCUACAGAGCGCGCCAACAAAAGCGGAUUCGAUGAACAGCCGCUGAGCUCAGUCCCUGGCAAAGACUGUGUAUGGAACAUUUGAGAAGGUCCUCUUCAACAGUGUGCUAAAAGGACAGUAGAGGCCAUGGAGGGAAAAAGGAAAAGUUGUGCCUGUUACUAAGAGGAAAAAAAUGACAAAAGGACCAGACGUGUGUCUUAUGUAAGAAUGUACGCUCUGAUUGCUCUGUCGAGCACCUCAACGGUUUUUAAUGAAAAGCAAAAAAAACAAAAAAAAACCAGAAAUGAAAAGAACACAAACUCCGCUUUGUUCUUGUCCGCUGUUUGAUGCAGCCAGUCUUGUGUUUUUGUUUCAUCCGUUUUAUUUUGAAAACUGGGUGGCUUAUACUGUAUAGUUUUUAAUGACAUUCUUCGAAUCACUAUGAGCUUCUGAGUUUGCCAUGUCGACAUUCUUUGUGUAUGGCAACGUUGAGUAAUUCUGUUUUGUAGAAAGUCAAAGGAGUACAAAUGACUCCUGAAAAUAAAGACAAAAACCCCA